UUUUUUAAUCAUAUUUCGAAACAAAUGGUCAAACUAUUCAUUGGAAAUUUGCCAGAGAAUAUUGACUCCACUCGUUUAAGAGGUCUUUUUUCACCACACGUGAGGGUACAGGAAUGCGAUGUUUUGAAGAAUUUUGCUUUUGUGCAUGUCGCUAAUGAAAAUGAUGCCGAUAAAGCAAUCAAAAAAUUUGAUAAGUUCAGAUUUAUGGGCAGAGAACUUCAUGUAGAGCGUUCAACUUCUCGUCUAAGAAAACAACCUGGAAUGAGUGAUAAAUGUUUUACCUGUGGCGCUGAAGAACACAAAACCUCCCAAUGUCCAGGAAAUCCAAAUAGGAAGCGAAACAUGAAUUCAAAUAACGGUGGACACAAAUCUAAUAAAAAGCCCAGACCAUUAAUGUUUGACAAGCCGCCUCUACGACAAUUUCCUCGUCAGCCACCUUUGAAUAAUUUAAAUUUCCCACCAUUACAACACAACCAACAACAUUUUCCACCAUUAAUGCAUCAACAACCUCCAUUACCACAACAAUCUUUACAACAGCAACAACAAUCCUGUUGGGGUUAUAAAAUGGGCAGUGGAGGUGGUGAAAAUGAUCCUGAAUUGCCAUGCCCUCACAAUCCGGAACUUCAAAAACUUUACGAACAAUACAAAGACUCGCGAACUCGUUAUUUCUUUUAUCGAGAACAAUUAUUAAAAGAAUUGCGUUUACAACCACCCCAACAACAACAACAAAUUUUACAAAAUGACCAACACUCACAACCACCGCAAAAUUUAAAUAAAAUUAGUGGAGGAACAGUUAAUAAUAAUGAUCAACAAUCAGUUAUACGUGUUGAUUUGACACAACUUCUUCAACCAAAAAAGGAGCCUGAUACAUUGCCACCAUUACCAACAUCAUUAUUUCAACAACAACCACCACCAACAGAACAUAAACAACAACAAAAACAACAACAUUAUUUUAAUAUUCCCCCACAACAACAAAAUCCAUCAAUUUUAACUAAUCCCCCUCCAUUACAAAUAAAUUCAAUUUAUUCAAAUUCUUUACCUUCAAUUACUUCAAAUAGUAAUUCACAACAACAAUUAUUAGAAAGUGGUGGAGUAGGAGGAUUAAAUUUUUCUGUUUCCGCUCCACAAUCUUUUCAGUCCCAACAACCUGCUUAUUUUUCGUCUGGAACAGAGCGCAUAGGCGCACCGUCAACUUCAGGUUAUCAAAACACCUAUAAUGCAUUACCAACAAAUUAUAAUACAAAUAUUACAACAACAAAUUUGUCAAUGGGGCUAACUGGACAGCAGCCACAAACUUCUAAUUUAACAGCAACAAUAAAGCAACCAACGCCGUUGGCAUCGAUUCAACCAUUCCGUUUCAAUUAA